AUGGAAGAGAUUUCCCCGGAGUAUGAUGUUGUCGUUCUGGGCACCGGCUUGACCGAGUGCGUCCUUUCAGGUGUCCUGAGUGCCAAAGGAAACAAGGUCCUCCACAUUGAUCGUAAUGAUCACUAUGGCGGAGAAGCCGCUUCCGUCAAUAUCGAGGCUUUGUUUAAGAAAUACGGCAAUGUUCGCCCAGGGGAGGAACCGUGGAAGAAAUACGGCAGACCCAACGACUGGAACGUUGAUCUCGUGCCGAAGUUGUUGAUGUCCAAUGGAGAAUUGACAAACAUCCUGGUUUCCACUGGUGUGACAAGAUACCUGGAGUUCAAGCAGAUCGCUGGUAGCUAUGUACAGCAAGGCAGCGGACCCAAAGCUACUGUCGCCAAGGUCCCCUCGGAUGCUGGCGAGGCUCUGCGUUCAUCCUUGAUGGGGAUGUUCGAGAAGCGGAGGGCAAAGAAGUUCUUGGAAUGGGUCGGCGAAUUCAAAGAGGACGACCCAAGCACGCACCAAGGGCUGAAUAUGGCCACCUGCACUAUGAAAGAUGUAUACGACAAGUUUGGCUUGGAGGAGACCACUCGUGACUUCGUGGGUCACUCGAUGGCUCUUUACCAGUCAGAUGACUACAUCUCGAAGCCUGGAAUGGCUAAAGAGACCGUCGACCGUAUCCGCCUGUACGUCAAUUCCAUGGCCCGUUACGGAAAGUCGCCUUAUAUCUAUCCGCUCUAUGGCCUUGGUGAACUGCCACAGGGCUUUGCGCGUCUGUCUGCUAUCUACGGUGGUACCUACAUGCUCAAUACGAACAUCGAUGAAGUUCUCUAUGACGAAAACGGCAAGGUCUCUGGUAUCCGAGCGACGAUGAAGGAUCGUGAUAGCGGCGAGGGCAUGACCUUCACGACGAAGACAAAGAAGAUUAUCGCGGACCCAUCGUACUUCCCGGAUAAAGUCAAAGUCACUGGCUAUGUCCUCCGGGCGAUCUGUAUCCUGAAGCACCCCAUCGACAAGACGGACGGAAUUGACUCGCUGCAGCUCAUCAUUCCUCAGUCGCAGGUUGGACGGAAGCACGACAUCUACAUUGCCAUGGUGUCUUCAGCACACAAUGUCUGCCCGAAAGGUUACUACGUGGCCAUUGUCUCGACGAUUGCCGAGACAGACUCUAAUCACCACUUGGAGCUCGAGCCUGGUUUUGAGAGGCUUGGUGAGAUUGAGGAGAAGUUUAUGGGUCCUCCAAUUCCUCUGUACGCUCCGAUCGACAGCGGCGAAAAGGACAACAUUUUCAUCUCGAAGAGCUACGAUGCUAGCUCACACUUCGAGACCACUACUGACGAUAUCCGUGACAUCUACCGGCGUGCUGAGGGCCAGGAGCUGGUUGUCGAAGGACUCCGGGAGGGCCAGACGCUUGUUGGCGAGGAGUGA